AUGCCGGCCUCAGCGGAGGGUCUUCCCAGGCCCGCGGGGACCGCAGCCCCCAGCCGGGACAGGUGGAGGACAAAGGCGGACUUCCUUCUGUCGGUGGUCGGGUUUGCCGUCGACCUGGGCAACGUCUGGCGGUUCCCCUACAUCUGCUACCAGAACGGAGGCGGAGCUUUUCUCAUCCCCUAUGCCCUGAUGGCAGUUUUUGGAGGUGUGCCCCUCUUUUACAUGGAGCUGGCUCUGGGGCAGUUCCACCGUGUUGGAGCCAUUCCCAUCUGGAAGCACAUCUGCCCCAUUUUUAAAGGGAUUGGCUUUGCCAUCUGCAUCAUCGGCCUCUACGUCUCCUUCUACUACAACACCAUCAUCGCCUGGGCGCUCUACUAUCUCUACUCCUCCUUCACCACCACGCUGCCCUGGACCAGCUGCACCAACCCCUGGAACACCCCCAACUGCACCAGCUACUUUGGGAAGAGCAACGUCACCUGGACCAAGGGCUCCACGUCACCUGCAGAGGAGUUCUACAUGAGGAGAGUUCUGGUGCUCCAGAACUCGCAGGGCCUGGAUGAGGUGGGCGGCAUCCGCUGGCACCUGCUCCUCUGCCUCUUCCUCAUCUUUACCAUUGUCUACUUCAGCCUCUGGAAAGGGGUCAAGACCUCUGGAAAGGUGGUUUGGGUGACGGCCACGCUCCCCUACGUUGUUCUGCUCAUCCUGCUGAUCCGUGGGACAACACUGCCUGGCGCCUGGAGAGGGAUCGUCUUCUACCUGCAGCCCAACUGGGAGAAGCUCAGAAGCACAGCCGUGUGGGUGGAUGCGGCCGCCCAGAUCUUCUUCUCGCUGGGGCCGGGCUUCGGCGUUCUCCUUGCUCUGGCCAGCUACAACCCAUUCAACAACAACUGCUACAGGGACGCCCUGGCCACCAGCGUCAUCAACUGCCUCACCAGCUUCCUCUCUGGAUUUGUCAUUUUCACCGUCUUGGGCUACAUGGCAGAAAUGAGGGGCGUGGAAGUGGAGGACGUGGCAAAGGACAAAGGGCCCAGCCUCCUCUUCAUCACGUACCCCGAAGCGAUCAGCAAUAUGGUUGGCUCCACCUUCUUUGCCAUCUUAUUCUUCCUCAUGAUGAUAACGCUGGGACUGGACAGCACGUUUGGGGGCCUGGAAGCUGUGAUCACGGCAAUCAUGGAUGAAUACCCACACCUCCUGGCUAAGCGACGAGAGCAGUUUGUCUUGGGACUGAUCACCGUGAGCUUUCUUGGCUCCCUGGCUACACUUACCAAUGGCGGGUCCUACAUUGUGAAACUCUUGGAAGAGUUUGGUGCUGGCUGCUCCAUUUUAGCAGUGGUGCUACUGGAAGCCGUUGCUGUCUCCUGGUUUUAUGGAAUCCAGCAGUUCUGCAGUGAUGUGAAGUCCAUGCUGGGAUUUACACCGGGGAUCUACUGGCAGGUGUGCUGGGUGGCCAUCAGCCCGGCCUUCCUGGCGUUCAUCAUCAUCAGCUCCCUCUUGGACCAGCCUCCCCUCACACUGUUUGACUACCAGUACCCAGCAUGGAGCAUCUCGGCAGGCCACCUUAUUGGCGCCUCUUCUUUCCUUUGCAUCCCCGUCUACAUGGCCUACAAGCUCGUCUGGACCCCAGGAUCUCUCAAGCAGCGCCUUGCAGUGUGCCUUCGACCCGAGAAGAGCAAAGGGGAGCUACCGCUGGAGACGGUGGGGGUGGCACCAGCCUCUGCAUUGACCUGCCCCACUUCAAGGGAAGCAUAG